GCACUUUACCUUUUAUAAUGGACUCGGCAAGUGAAGAAAAAGUAUCAUUCAACUCUAAAAUUCAUUGCGUCUAUACAUCAGUUGGUAUUAAUCAUUUCUCUGGAUGCAGCUCUAUCAUAGCUGUCAAGUCAUCAAAUAAGUCAACAGUUGGAACUAUAUUGGCAUUCGGUUCUAGUCAUUUUAUAUGCUUAGCUAAAUCCUACUCUUAUCUAAAUGAUGAAAUGAUUAAUUUGAAUACAGAUUUUUCUCAAGAUAAUUUUCGUGUUUAUCAAACGUUACCUGGUCACAAUUCUGAUGUCAGAUGUGUACGGUGGUUGGACUGUUGUUUUCAUAAUAAAAGUUCAUCACAAGUUUAUCGACACACCAUGUGUUUUCUAAUGUCGUCUGAUAGUUGUGGUCUAGUGAUAAUUUGGGCCUGUCCAACUGAAAGUUUAAUCUGUCCUGAUGAAACAGAAAACUGGCAUAUAAUUAAUAAAUUCCAGACUCCGAAUAACUCCAUAAUAAAUUCAAUUGAUGGUUACUUUUUCCCUUCAUCGGAAAAUGAUCGCUCGUGCUCAGGGACGUUAUUCCUAUCAGCUGCAGCGGAUACAUCAGUUCAUAACUGGUCUGUUCAUAUUUCACAGAAUCUGCUUACAAAUAAAUCAAUUUUAUUACCAUGUAUUUUAAUCAGUAAUAUCACACGAGUUCCAUCACUUUGUCUGUGUCUCAGACGUUUUUGUAUAAAAUAUAAUUUCCAAACGUCCAGUGACAAUAUUGACGUAUUUUGGCUUCAUUUUAUUGUUCUUGGUCUUGACAACGGACAGACAGAAAUAUGGUCAGGUCAUCUGGUCAAUGAUCAGAAUGAAAACGUUAAAAGUCUUAACUUCACAUUAAGCACUACCAUUUCUGGGCAUCAAGAUUGGACUAGAUGUAUUGAUGUAUGUAUUGACCAUGGGCUGACAUCUCCUGUUGUACUGAUCGUUACAGGUGGUCAAGACAAUAUUGUUCGAAUAUGGCGUUUAUAUUCUCCAGAAAACGAUAACAGUGUAACAAGUCCUGGGCAUGCGAAGGCCUGUAGUCUUCAUCUUCCUGAAUGGUUUGCGACUAACAACAUUUGUAUAUGCGUAGCGCCAGAAAGUGUCUUAGCCAGCCAUGAAAAUUGGGUCACUGCUGUUCGCUGGGGACCAACAAUAAACGGUUUAUUCCCCCCUAAUUUGCUUACUUGCAGUAUGGAUAAAUCAUUAAUCAUUUGGCAGCCUCCUAGUGAAAAUGCUUUAGAUUCAUCGGAUGUGUGCAGUUUAUGGAAAGAAAAAGCCCGAUUAGGACAUUUUGGCGACACUGGAUUGAGUCUAAUGGACUGUCACUGGUUCCCCAACGACGGUCACAAAGUAUUUGUGCACACCUUUCAAGGAAGUAUUUCAGUCUGGUGCCGAUCUGAUAAAGACUUUUGGCUUCCAGCAUUACCGUUAACAGGACAUGUCGGACCUGUUGCUGAUUUAAGUUGGAUGUCAACAUUCCCUGAGGAAAAUUUUAAAGAUGAUGACUCAUACACUUAUCUUCUAUCUGCAGGAUUUGAUCAAACAGUCCGUUUACAUGCAUGCCAACCAAACACCAGUAAUGAAGAAAAAGAAUUAAUUCAAGAAUUUUGGUUCGAAUUAGCUAGACCACAAAUUCAUGGUUAUGAUAUGAAUGCAAUUGCUAGUAUUUCACCAAUAUUUUAUGUAUCAGCUGGUGAUGAAAAAGUUGUUCGUGUAUUUACCACUACUAAAGAUUUCUUAAACUCUUUUAAAAAACUAUACAAAUCACCAACAAUUUGUUCAAAACUAGAUAGAAUUCUUGCUGAUAGUUUAAUACCUACAGGUGCUGUACAACCACCACUCGGUCUUUCAAAUCAAAUUGUUUCUAGUCCAUCUAAUGUUAAUGAUGUCAUCGACAACCAUAAUAAUAUUGAGGACCAUGAUCGCAAUGAAUAUGCCAAUAAUAAGGAAAAAGAAAAUCUGGAUAAAGUUUGUAUAUCUAAUGAACUUCCUACAGAAGAUCGGUUACAACAUGCAACACUAUGGCCGGAGGUAAAAAAGUUGUAUGGUCAUCCUUAUGAGAUAUACUGUUUGGCAGUUCAUCCACGCCAAUUUCUCGUAGCCUCUGCUUGUACAGCAUCAAAACCUGAAUAUGCCCAUAUUAUAUUAUGGAAUGGUACUUCUAAUUGGUGUAUACACCAGCGUUUGCAACAUCAUCAGUUGACGGUAACUCAGUUAGCAUGGAGUCAUGAUGGGACUAGAUUAUUGGCUGUUUCAAGGGAUCGCACAUGGAGUUUAUGGUCUGAACAACCGAUGAAUAGCGCAACAGAAGGAACGAAUCAUCAACUUUCAAACUUUAUCCUAUCUGCUUAUCCCAUUAAAGGUCAAAGUCAUUCAAGAAUAAUUUGGACUUGUGCAUGGAGUCCAGAUGAUAAAUACUUUUUCACAGGAUCCAGAGACUCAUCAAUUUAUUGCUGGAGUGGUGCUGUCAAAAUACAGAAAUCAACGGACUGUUUGCCUCCUGAAGCUCUUCGUCGAUUAGAUAUGUAUAAAGAACUUGGAAAGUCAGUAACAGCUAUAGAUGUUUGCGAAAGUUUUAACUCAGAAUGCUCGUCUAAUCUCCAUUCGUAUUUAAUGGCUGUUGGUUUAGAAUCCGGUAACAUAAUAUUGCUUAAAUUAUGUGAAACAGGAUCAUCUGAGCGCUUUUUCACAUGGUCGAUUGUUUUAAAUUUCCCUCCAGAUUGGUGCCAUGUUCCAGGCAAAAGGUUAAGGCGAAUUUCGUUUUCACCUCAGAAAGAUAAUUACUUUAAAACAUCGAUUAAAUACAUGGCGACAUCUGGUGAUGAUGGAAUAGUUCGAAUUUUCAAAAUCAACAUUAAAUUAUUAUAAUGUCGUUGUGUAUUCAUAUUCAUUUGAAAUAAAACCAGCUUUGAUUUUUAUUUUCAUACUGUAUGAUUUUAAUCCAAUAAAGUUUGUUAAUUUGACAAGUCAAUCGAUUUUAAAUUCAUAGGAAAACGCUAGACGCAGCAUCUUAUUUUAUAAAAAUUAUAUCUAAGUGACCGUUUUUUUUCAUAAGACCCAUUCAGUUUUAAACACUUAGUGAUAGAUUUAUACAAUCAAACAAAUUAAGGUGUAUAUGUCUUCACCAUAAUCACACUUAUGAAUAAUGUAUGAUUUUGUAGAAAUAAUAAUUAAAUAACAGAGAAAUCUAUGUACUUUUUGCAUCUAGUCACUUUUGAUAGACAAUGGGCAUUAAAAUCUCGAUUUUAAAGGUAAAUUCGAUUAAGGCUAAUUCCAUG